UUCAAGGUAGGUAAUUUUAUGUUAUAAAAAUUUCCGAUGUAUGUUCUGACUUCUGAUGCUAUUUUUUACGUGUACAGGUGAUGGUGCAUCAACGAAAAACCGCGGCAUGACCGAUGCAGCAAUUAAAGAUUUAUUUGACAUAGUUGAUCAGAAUAAGGAUGGUAAAAUAAGUAUUGCCGAGGCUAUUGCUAGAGGAUUUAAAGAGGACAGGGUAAAAACGCUUUUCGCUAAGUACGAUGCUGAUAACGAUGGCCAACUGAAUUUGCAAGAGGCCAUAGCACUGGUUAGAGGGGAGAAUCUCAGCCUAUAAAUGCUUAUCAGAAUUUUAGCUGCUGGUGAACUACCAAAUUGAAAUUAAAUUCUUGCG